AUGAGUUCCCAACUUUCAUUGUCAAAAUCAAAUGUGUCUUUAUCUUUGAGUUUGUCUCCUACUACUAAUUCUAAUGGUGCAAUCUGUGAUGUCUUGAAGUCUGAAAAUAAUGGUAUUAGACUCAUCAAAUUGUUGCUCACUUGUGCUUCUCAUGUAUCUUCCGGUGAUCUUCACCAAGCUGAUGUGUGUCUUCGACAAAUUUCUCAGUUUAAUUCUGCCAGUAAUGAUUCCAUGCAUCGGUUGGCAACUUGGUUUGCUUCUGCCUUGGCGGUUCGAUUAGUGAAGCGUUGGCCGGGUGUUUAUAAGGCCUUAAAUUGUAGUAGCCUAAUGAAAUUCGAUCUCGAUCGUGCACGAUCUAUUUUCACAAAGGCUCUUCCUUAUUUGGGCUUUGCAUAUGCAGUUAUAAAUAGAACUUUAGUUCAAGCCAUGUUGGGAGAACGAGUAGUUCAUGUAGUUGAUUUGGGCUCAAGUGACCAACAAUUGUGGGUCCCAUUUAUGAGAAUCCUUGCAACUUCACCCGAUGGACCUCCCCAUUUAAGAGUCACUUGUGUUAGUAGCAACAAGACUGCGUUGGACAAACUUGGUGCAUGCCUAAAAAAAGAAGCCGAGCAAUUAGACAUGCCCUUUCAGUUCAACCCAGUCACCGUCCAUCUUCGAGACUUGAAUUUCAACUCAAUCGUUAAGGUAAGAUCAGGUGAAGCAUUAGCUUUCAUAUCAGUACUAAAUCUUCACGUCCUUUUAGCCGAGGACGAUCGCAUUGAUGCCCAAUUUGGACUAAACAAGGACUCUAAAAACAUUAACCAUUGCAAACAUGCUGAUGAAUUCCUAGCAAAGUUAUGUUCUUUGUCACCAAAGUUAGUAAUGUUGGUAGAGCAAGAAUCUAACCAUAACUUACAAAAAUUAGUUGAUAGAUUUGUUGAGGGGUUACGAUAUUACAGCGCAAUGUUUGAUUCAAUUAAUGUUGCAUUCAAGGGGGAUUUAUGUGAGGAGAGGUUGUUGGUGGAAGAAAUGAUUGGCAAAGAAAUUGAAAACAUUGUAGCAUGCGAUGGUUUAGAAAGAGAAGAAAGGCAUGAAAAAUUUGCUAAUUGGAUGGUUAGGUUAGGGCGUGUCAAGUUUAGACCAGUACGAUUGUGGGGUGACACUAUGGAUGACGCUAUAAGAUUUGUAGAGUCGUAUGGUGAAGAUGGGUACAAGAUUAGUAGUCAAAGAGGAAGCUUGAUGAUCGGUUGGCAUGAUCGUCCCAUAUAUUCAGUAUCUGGAUGGACUUGUUUCAAUUAG